AUGGAAGGCAAUGGCCGGCUGUCGGGCGUUGCAGUGGUGCUGCUAGCCAUGUCCACGAGGAGGAGUGCGGGGCCGUUGUGGCUGUCCGCGGCGGAAGGAGGAAAAGAAAGCAGUGGUAGGUUUCAUAUUAAGGACGAGCCCAGAGGCACUUGCGAUCAAGCAUCUUCAGGUUGCACCUCUUCAAAUGCACAGUUCGAGAUCUUCACAACAGCAGUUCAACCACGAUUUGGAAAUGCUGCACUAGUCACUACCGGGGGUCGACCAACUGAGGAACCUUCAGACCAGAGCCAGACUCAAGAGGCAGGCAAGUCAUCGACGUUCCGCCAUGAGAAAGACAGGCUGUACAGGUGCAACAUUUGUUUGGCUGCAUACAUUGGCACUGGCCACUUGGAUGUUCAUCCCCAAACUCACAAAACAAAGACAUUUACCUGCGACACAUGUUCUGCGAAAUUCCAUCAUACAUCAACUCUGCGAGUGCAUGCAAAGCGCUGCACAGGAGAAGGGCUGCUCAAGUCCCAGGUAUGUGCAGUUGCAUGUGCAUCGAGUGCAUACAAGUGCAAGCUGUGCCCUGCAGAGUUCAGCCACAGUAUGUGCCUGUGGCGUCACAAGCACACGCACAUGGGCAAGAAGCCCUACAACCAUACUAAUGCAAUCUCUACCCUGCAGAGUUCAGCAAGAGUGAGAAGCUGCGAGAUCAUAAGAGGCCAUACGAGUGAGGGGCCAUACAUUUGCCAUCUCUGUCCUGCACAGUUCGGGCAUAGCACGGUACUGAAGUAUCACAAGCGAAAGCACACAGGCGAGAAGCCUUAUAAGUGCAAUAUCUGUCUUGCAGAGUUCAGCUAUGGCUUGAGCCUGUCGUAUCAUGAGCAUAAACACAGAGGCAAGAAGCCCUAUAAGUGUGAUCUCUGUCCUGAAGAAUUCACUAAUAACUCGAGCCUGUUGCACCACAAGCGGACACACACGGGCGAGAAGCUCGAUAAGUGCGAUAUCUGUCCUGCAGUGUUAAAUGAGAGAGAGGGCCUGCAGCAUCACAGGCGAACACACACGGGAGAGAAGCCCUAUAAGUGCGAUCUCUGUACUGCAGAAUUCACACACACAUUUGGCCUGUCGCGCCACAAGCGAAAACACACAGGCGAGAAGCCAUACAAGUGCGAUCUCUGUACUGCAGAGUUCAGUGGGAGGGAGAGUUUGCGGCGUCACAGGCGAACACACACGGGAGAGAAGCCAUACAAGUGCGAUCUCUGCGCUGCGGAGUUCAGCAACAUCACGAGUCUGUCGUGUCACAAACGAAAACACACGGGUGAGAAGCCCUAUAAGUGCGAUGUCUGUACUGCAGAGUGCAGCCAGAGCGGGAACCUGUCGCGCCACAAGCGGGCACACACGAGCGAGAAGCCACACAAGUGCGGUCUCUGUCCUGCAGAGUUCAGCGAGAGGGCAGGCCUGCGGUGUCACAGGCGAACACACACGGGAGAGAAGCCCUAUAAGUGCGAUGUCUGUACUGCAGAGUUCAGCCAGAGCGCGAACCUGUCGCGCCACAGGAGAGUACACACGGGCGAGAAGCCACACAAGUGCGAUCUCUGUCCUGCAGAGUUCAUCGAUCGCACGAAGCUGCGGUACCACAAGCGAAAACACACAGGCGAGAAGCCCUAUAGGUGCACCCUUUGUCCUGCAGCGUUCACACGCAGCACGAAAUUGCGGUGUCACGCAAUUCAAACACACAUGAGCCAGGGGCCCUACUGUGGGUGUUCUGCAAAUCUGAGGCAGAGCACAGACCUCCAGGGUUACCUUAAGUGGACCUACAUGCACGUGAAGAAAUGCAACCUCUCUCCUGCAGAGUUCAGUCACAGUACAAACACACACCAGCCAUAGAACCGGCAGAGCACGGACCCGUGGGUUCACAAGUGGACACACGUGGGAUAAAAGAUGUGCAAGUGCUUUCGGUUCUGUUGUGUUGCAUGUCCUGAACCUCGAGACAUGAAGUAUAAAGUAAAGUAAAUGAAGCAAUUUUUCUUUUUUGAUUCCGUGUUAGUGCCGCGAAGCCACUGUGGCUAUGAGAGGCGUACUGACGUGGACAGAUGGAGACAGGAGAGAAGGAAGGAGUGGGGGACAAUGGGGUUCGUAUGCGUCCUGGGUCGACUUCAGGGGGAACUGUUGCGCGUUCGUCAUGAAAGUCAUCGGAAAACACGGGGAAAACCUCAGACAGAGCAGCCGGUGGUAGGAUUCAAACCCACCACCUCCCAGUCUUCAGCACGACCUUGGUUUCUACCAGGGUUGCGGAGUUGCCACUCCGAGUUUGGAAUGAUUCCGGAAUCAUUCCAGAUUUAUGAGAGCCCGGAAUUGGAAUGGAAUGGUGAAAACUGUCCUAGGAAUGGAAUGGGAAUGGAAUUAGGCGUUUUUUGUCGCAGGCCGAAUGGAAUUUAAAUGGACUGGUCUGGAUGCCACACGGUCAAGGGCGAAAUAACCUUGUCUUUGAGCUUUUUUCCGUGCUGGGUAAUGUCAAUCUCCUCUAGCACUGCUGGGCGACCCAGCACGGUUACCGGUCCCUUUUCUUUUAUUGAUGGAAUUAAAGGAAUGGAAUGGGGUUGCCAAGCCAUUCCAGGAGUGGGAAUUGACCACCUUUUCAUUCCGAGGAAUUGAAAGGAAUGGAAUUAUUACAAACCUCCAUUCCUCGGAAUGGAAUGGAGUGGAUGAUCCCAUUCCGUAACCCUGGUUUCUACCAAAGUGCUGCUCGUCGCGCGAGGCAUUGCACAGGCUGUACAGAUGUUAUCUGUAGAGCCCAGAUUUUUAGGCACGAAAAAACAUUCUUUUAGGUCAGCCUGGCCCAAUCCAGCCCAGCAACGCUCUGCGCUCAAAGCUCUUCUGACAUUUCUGGACGCCAUCGGACUUUGA